AUGUCGUACCCGAUUCUUCAAGCAAACCUACCUCCGGCGACGCCGCAGAAACCUCUACCGGGAGCUUACCUGCAAACGCCAGCCGUGCCUCGAGAUGGUCCUAGAUCUCCUCCACAUCAGCAGCUGCCGCCGAUCCCUCUUCGGAGCCCGCCUCAAAUGCUUCCCAAGCUUCCCCAAAUCGCUGCGACACAAAACAAGAACUUGAGCACAGAAGAGCGAGGAGCGCGUACCAUCAAUGAGGUCCUCUUCCAAGAAUCGAGAUACCCAGAUCUGGAUAGUUAUUUAUCACAGGGAUUCUCAUCUGAAUAUGACAUCCCCACAUCCGCGUCAUGGGCGCCAUUCCAAAAAGUCAAAAUGUACAACAUCCCCGACCAGAUCUUUGAUCAAUACAAUCGCGCCCAGGUAUCGACAAGCAUGGGACUUUUCGCCGAGCUGAACCACGCGUGGGUGGCCAUCGACAACGCGCUCUAUCUGUGGGAUUUCACACACCCGAACCCUCAAUUGGUUGGUUUUGAAGACCAGCCAAACAGUAUCAACACCGUCAAGCUCGUAAAGCCUCGCGCCGGAGUGUUUUUGCCAGCAAUCACUCAUUUACUUGUGGUGUCAACCACCGCCGAAUUGAUUUUGUUGGGCAUGGGAGUGGAGAACACACCGAACGGCGGGCGACAGGUUACCUUGUAUCAGACCGGAAUGGCGGUUCCGAUUCGGGGUCUGGAUAUUCACGUUUUCGCCUCCUUCGACUCGACUGGCCGGAUCUUCUUCGGCGGUUCGUCUGACAACGAUGUUUACGAAUUGACAUACCAACAAGAGGAGCGAUGGUUCCAGGGUCGUUGCGGGAAGGUCAACCACACCAGCUCCCGGCUGGCAGCAUUUGCACCGUCGCUGAGCUUGACGAAUUUAGCAAAAGUGGCCAUGGAGAAUGUAGAACAGAUGGUCAUUGACGAGAGCCGGAACCUGCUCUACACUUUGUCUUCGACCUCUACUAUCCGGGUGUUCCACCUUAAGCCCGACGGCUCUCUCUCUCUGGCCAUCACCAAGCAUGCUUUGGACAUUUACUCGAACAUCGGACAUAUCAUUGCAUCUAACGAAACUCUUAACCCUAAAGUGCCAAUUGUCUCCAUCAGUCCUGUCCCUGCAGCAGAAGCCUCUCGUUAUCAUCUUGUUGCCACAACUGCCACUGGAUACCGCAUCUAUCUGAGUGCCACCGGUUCCUACAGCUGGUCGCCCGUGCCCAAUGGUACCAAUGCUCCCACCAGCAUGCAAGCCCAGCACGUCAAGACCCCACCGGUCGAUGCUCCUGCUGAUUUUGGGCUACCUCGCUUCCAGCAGCCUGGCGGUAAACUUGCGAUUCAAACUUUGUCGCCGACGCGGAUGGCAGCGCGGUUCCCACCGGGAUACUUCUUUUGCUUCGCCUCCAAGGAUCCCGCACACAAGGUCGAUACUCUGUUCAUUUCGUCCCCAGAUUCUGGUCGGGUUUCCAGGGCCCAAGAUAAUGUUUUGACUGGGAAAACAGGCGAGUCAGCCAUUUGGAUGAGCCUUGGCGGUCGAGCAGAAGCCAUUGGCCUCUGCUCGCCUCCUCCACCAAGCUCUGCAGGGUUUGGAAACGAGUUGGCUAUUCAAUUUGACCACCCUGCUGCUGAGAUUGCUAUUCUGACAAAUACGGGCAUCCAUGUUAUUCGACGGCGACGCCUGGUGGAUAUCUUCGCCUCGUUAGUCCGCGGUGGUGGUAGCGGCGAGGAAGGUCUAGAUGGAGAGGCUAGAAACUUCAUUCGCACAUACGGCCGACCAGAAGCCUUGGCCACUGCGCUUGCCGUAGCUUGUGGACAAGGUGUGGAGGUCUCUUCGGAUCAGCGACUCACUCAGAUUAAUGACUCCGAGGUCCUGGAGUUCGCCCGCAAGGUUUUUAUUGACUUUGGUGGCCGCCCUGCGAUCAACGAAAACAUUGUGGCUGAUAGCUCUACUCCUGCUAUCGAUCUUGUUGAACCCUCCCCCCGCCAUGCAGGUAUCUCCCUGUACCUCUCCCGCCUAUUGCGGUCAAUCUGGAAGAAGGAGAUUGCCAAGGUCGGCAAGGCACCAAGUGGUGCUAUCACUGUCUCCGCUUCCGUGCCUGCCUCAAAACUGCAGACAAUCCAGCACGAUCUCUCCGCACUUCAGAACUUUUUCAAGACCAACAAAAGCUUCAUCGAAGGGCUCAGUGGGCCCGAGGCCCUCGCACGAGCCUCUACCAAGCAAGAAGAAACUGCGCUGCAGGGCGAGCACCGUGCGCUGCACUCUCUUGUUCAGUUAGUCUCUAAUACCAUCGAAGGAAUCUCCUUCGUCCUUGUUCUUUUCGAUGAGCGAGUAGACGAGAUUGUGGCCACCCUGCCCGAGGAUUCAAAGCAAAAGUUCUUGAAGCUCACCUAUGAGGAGCUUUUCAGUACUAGCAAGGGCAACGAAGUUGCCAAGGAGCUGGUCAAGAGCAUUGUGAACCGCAACAUUGCCAAGGGCUCCAAUGUUGAGACCGUUGCUGAUGCCCUGCGGCGCCGAUGCGGCAGCUUCUGCAGUGCGGAAGAUGUGGUCAUCUUCAAGGCGCAAGAACUACUCAAGCGGGCCACCGAGGCUGGGGCCAAUUCCGAGCUAGGCCGCAACCUUUUGAACGAGAGUUUGAACCUGUUCCGGCAGGUGGCGGACAACCUGCCCAUGGAUUAUUUAGUUUCUGCUGUGGAGAACUAUAUUGGAAAUCAAUUCUUUGCCGGUGCAAUUCAAUUGGCACUUACUGUUGCUUCUCGAUGCGACAAGGCAAAUCUCGCGCUCUCCUGGAUCAUGGAUGGACGCCCCGAACAAGUACAGAUGCCCCUCAGAUAUCACACCACACACCAACUUACCAGCAUACAGGACCCACGGAAGACCGUCUACUUGUUCCGCAAGCAAUGUUACGAUCUCGUAUUCAAUGUUAUCAUUGCAGUUGAUACAUUGGCCGCAACUGACCCCGGAUUCGUUGAUGGCCAGAUGACCCAGAUCGCCAAGCGCCAGAACGAGGCGUAUACCAUCAUCUCCGAUUCGAACGACGAGGUAUUCUUGACCAGCCUUUACGAUUGGUAUCUGGAGCAGGGGUGGAACGAUCGUCUCUUGCAGACACAAUCUCCAUUUGUUGUAACCUACCUGGAAAGAAAGUCUACUGACGACAUCGCCCAUGCCGAUUUGCUGUGGCGCUACUACGCACAAUCACAGCGCUUUUUCGAGGCCGCCAAGGUGCAGUUCCAGCUCGCACAGAGUGCUUUUACCCUUUCCCUGAGCCGGCGUAUUGAGUACCUGGGCCGGGCCCGGGCCAACGCCUCGACUUACACACCUGAUGUGGGGCGUCAGGCACGGCAGCGUCUGCUGCAGGAAAUUUCCAAUCUUAUCGAUGUGGCCAACAUCCAGGAUGACCUCCUGCAGCGCUUGAAGGAUGAUGACCGGAUCACACCGGACCGUAAGAACGAGGUUCUGCAAGACGUGGAUGGUCCUGUGAUGGACAUUAGUACACUCUUCAACCAAUAUGCCGACUCGGCGAGUUACUAUGACAUCUGUCUGCAGAUCUUCUUCCUAGCCGAUUACCGGAAUGCAGCCGACAUCAAGGCCACUUGGCACCAUCUUGUUCACGAUCUGCACGCCGUCACAGUGGAGCGGGGCUCCCCACAACCCUAUGAAGCAGUUAUUGAGAAAGUCCGUAGUCUUGGCAGUCGGCUCCGUAUGUCGGAGACCGUAUUCCCCGUGCGUGAACUGGUCCCGUUGCUGGAACGCUAUUCGCUAGAGCACCAGCGCCACGUUGGACCUGAUCACUGGAUUGUCGAUCUUUUCCUGGAUCUGGGAGUUGCACACGAGUCCAUUUAUGGGGUCCUGGAGGCCAUGUACUACACCGACGAGGCGCCGUUCCAGGGGACAUACCGCCGAUUCAUCGCCACCGAUCUACUCUACCUAUUGGAAGGAUGGUUCCACGAGACCAUGCGGCUAGGCGGGAUGGUAUUCGGGUCAGACGUGGUUGCCGAACGUGUUGCCGAGACCCUGUUACUACUGCAGCAGGGAGCGGGCAACGGUCCCGACAUUGUGGACCGAAGUCGGGACCUUCAGCGAAGGAUCUCGGACCUCCUGAACUAA